UUAGUAUCUAGUCGCAUGCGCUGCCUCUUACACUUGUAGCUCUUGACAUACUUACUUCUGGGCAGAUUUGCUUCGCGCACUGCCUCCUUGAACAUUUUGACUCAUCGACCACUCCCAGAGCCACUGAGUCACCUGCACUUCUCUUAGUUGCUCCCAUCCCCCGCACCAUUGACCCAUCUUCCGCCUGCGUCAACACUCCGAAUCUCCAUUUAAACCCGCUGCCGGCGUCUUUGCCGCAGGAGCGUGAAGAUGUCUGUCGAGGAAGCAGUGACAGAGGCACUCCAGGCGCCAAUGGGUCAGAAUGCACAAGCCGCUGAAGAGGCCAAGAAGAUGCUCGCUGAGCUGGAAGGUGAAGCUGCCGUCGAGGACAAGCCUGAGAAGGUAAAUGGCACUGCAGAGUCAAAACCAGCUGAGGGCGAAGCUCCGAAAGAGUCCGAGAGCGUUGCUGCGAAGGAGGCUGCAGAUAAGGAGAAGGAUGCUUCAGAGAACAAUGGGGAGCGUCGCGACCGCGGUCGAUCUGACUACAAUAGUCGUGGUCGAGGUCGAGGUCGAGGCGGUCACAACAACUACAACUCUCGGAGUUAUCGCGACAACAUCAAGUCCGAUCUCACGACGCUAGAGGAGACUGAUGACCCAGUCGCUAUUCGGAAACAGGUGGAGUUCUACUUCUCGGAUUCCAACCUUCCCAAAGACAAAUUCCUCUUUGCGCAGACUGGCGGUGUUGCGAACAAACCAGUUGACCUUCGGGAAAUCCACAAAUUCAAGCGUAUGCGCCGCUUUCAACCCUUCGAGGCCAUCGUCGAGGCCCUGCGGGAUUCCAAGACACUGGAACUCACCGAAGAUGAUACCCACAUUCGCAGAAAAGAAGCGCUCCCAGAAAACUUUUUUGAGGCUGUUGCACAAGCCGCCGACCCCCGAACCGUGUAUGUCAAGGGAUUCGGCGAGGAGACUGCAAGUACCCAAUUUGACAUCGAAGCAUUCUUUGAUCCAUAUGGCCCAACCCGCGCGGUCCGCCUGAGACGAAACGACGAAAAGUUCUUCAAGGGCAGUGUCUUUGUGGAGUUCGAGACUGAGGAGCUGGCACAGUCAUUCCUAGCACAGGACCCUAAACCGAAGUACCAAGGCAGGGAUCUCCUCAUAAUGAGCAAGACAGAGUACACCCAGAAGAAGACGGCGGAUCUCAAUGCAGGCAAAAUCACGUCUAACAACAAAUAUGAGAAGGGAGGCAGACGAGAUCGUCACAACCAUCGCGGCGGCCGAGACGGAGGCAAGCGCAAACGUGACGAAGAUACUCGAGAUUGGAGAACACGUCGGGAUGAAGAUCAGAAGCGUGGAUUCAGAGAUGACAAGCGGCGGGGUGACCGAGGUGGUCGCGAUUCUCGAGGUGAUAGAAGCAAAGGACCUGAUACAGACGAUGGGUAAGUUGAUGACCGUUGUGUGCCCUGGGAGAUCCGCAAGGACUAAUGAUCUACCACUCAGGGGCAUUCCAACCAUCAAAACCACCGCCUUGAAGGAUGACAGCGGUCGCGAAGAAGCUCUCGCAAAGGCUAAAGCGGCGGUUGAGGCCGAAAACAAGAAGGAACAGAAAGCUGCAGACGAUAUCGAGUCGACAGAGCAAGCUGGCGACGCCGAUGCCUCUUCAAAGACCGCCAACACUGUCGCGGAAAGCGUCCAAGCCGAUGCGGAAGCCGCUGCUGGCAAGAAGCGAGCACGAGAAGACGAUGACGGGGAUGCUGAGCGAGAGGCGAAAAAAGUGGAUAUCAAGCCUGAAUCAUCUGGCGAUUCGUAGCGCUGAUCGACUUGGCCUCUUGUGUCAUAAUUGACUGAUAUCAUAUGGUUUCAGGGAGGUGGGACGCAGUCAUGAUCACUGCCGACAUCCUCAUGGAUAUGUACAUCUGUGCACUACCACUAUGGUGUUUUGAGCGUUCCUACGGAACAUUGUUGUUGUCUACCGGCAAUUGGCAAGGAGAAAAACUAAGCGGCUUUCAUGUGCUCGGUUAUUAUGAAAUCUUGACACUUUAGAAAAGUAAUGAAGAACAAUUAGACCCCCCAGAUCUCUUUCGCCUGGUCUUG